GCCGGCAGGUGCGGGCCGGGUGCGCGAGGCGGAGGCGGAGCCGGAGGAAGAGGGGAAGGACCGGGACGGACUCGGGCCAGUGGAGCCGGCAGCGCCUGCGGAGAGAGACUCUAACCAGAGGACUGAACAAGAAAGAAGUGAGGACAGACUCAUCAUGGCUUCAGUGUCUACCCAUGGAAACCAAGAGAAAGAUCACCACUUGCCAUCACUGGGCAAGAAGAGCCUGUUGUUUUGUCCAAAAUCAAAAAUGCACAUCCAUAAAGGAGAGAUUGCCAAGAUUAUCCGAGAAUGUCAGGAAGAAAGUUUCUGGAAAAGAGCUCUGCCUUUUUCUCUUAUAAGCAUGCUUGUCACCCAGGGACUUGUCCACCAAGGUUACUUGUCAGCUAAUCCAAGAUUCGGAUCAUUGCCUAAAGUUGCACUUGCUGGUCUCAUAGGAUUUGGCCUGGGAAAGGCAUCAUACAUAGGAGUAUGCCAGGGAAAAUUCCAUUCCUUUGAAGAUCAGCUGCGUGGAGCUGGGUUUGGUCCAGAACAUAACAGGCACUGCCUGCUUACCUGUGAGAAAUGCAAAACAAGGCGUGUAUUAAGCGAGAAAGGAGAUUCCCAGCCUUCAGCUUCCUAAACCCAGGGGGUCGGAAGAUUUUUAAGCCUCUGAAUUUGUAUACAUUUAAAUUAGUAGAAUGGAAACUUUGUGAUCCUCUCUCUUUUUGAAAUGUUUUAUGUAGAAGGCCCUCCUUUGAAUUGAACAUCAUGUAUUUUUCUGCUCCUUAAAAACA